UUCGAUGGGCUGUAAGGGACUAUCCUAAACGUUCAGCAGGGAAAAGAACAGCAUUUCAUGUAAAAUACGAGAUAUACUAAAAUCAUGACAACAUCUGAAACCAUUUUGGAUCGAACUUGUCUGAACUGAUCGCCAACCGCGGAUUAUGCGAUACUGUGUCCUAUAACGUUUCUUCCUGUAAAACUGUGAGAAUGAUCCGCCGCGAGUGUUCUUGAGCAAACAGGACACGAUAACGCAGUGGUUACAAGUGUCACUCCAAUGUGACAGCGUGUUCAUUUAAAACACACGAGAUUUGGCUUGCAGAGACGGAGAAACUACCCCAAUCCCGCACAGACAGGAGACGUCAUCAACAUUUUCCUGCAUUUAAAUGGUCGAAUCUGAGGAGGUCAUUGGCGAAAAGGGAAGAAAAUCGGUGUGAAAAGAGAUCGAGAAAAUUACAGCCGGGAGAAAGCAUACUGGAUUAUAUAAAUGGGGGAUUACGGUUUUGGAGCCCUGGUUAAGAACAACAGUGCUAACAAAUCAGUUUUCCCCGUGAGAAUUCCCCCACACCUGCAACAUCCAGUACAUCAUCAGACAGCCCCCCCGAGCCCCCCUGCGUUCAUCAACACCAGCACGGCUACCAAUGGUGGAAGUGCAGGGUCCGCUUGGCUCUUCCCUGUCGUGACGACCCACACGAACAUGCAAGAUGAGAUUCUGGAGCCUGAGAAGUCCAAGGCGCAGCAGCAGCAACAGGAUUUACAAGAAAUUCAAGAAAAGCAGCCCAUCUCCCCACCAGGCCAUCAGGAAACUUCAGGCAUCAUAUCUGACCUCGACAGCACCAUGCCAGAGGACAACCAGCUGGAGAAAGGAUCAGCGGAGAACGGGAACGGCAAGGAGAACCUCCGCAUCGAGUCCCCCGUGCUGGGCUUCGACUACCAGGAGACGUCGGGCAUGGGCACCAUGGUGCAGUCGGGCAGCUCGUCCUCCUCCUCCCUCACAGGCUUCAACAGCUGGUCCGCUGCUAUGCCCUCCAACCCCUCGGCGCUGGUCAACGAGGAGGUGGGCUUCUUCGGCCCGGCCGGCACCACCAGCAGUGGGCCGCCACCACCGCUCCUCUUCCAGAAUUUCUCGCACCAUGCCAGCCCCAGCUUCGGGGGCAGCUUCUCCCACCAGAUGGGCCCGCUGUCCCAGCACCACCAGGCCCCGGCCCCGCACCCCCACUUCCAGCACCCCCACAGCCAGCCGCCGCAGCAGCAGCAGCACCGCCGCUCACCGGCCAGCCCCCACCCUCCGCCCCCCUUCUCCCACCGCAACGCUGCUUUCAACCAGCUGCCUCACCUAGGGAACAACCUCAGCAAGCCCCCCUCCCCCUGGGGCAGCUACCAAAGCCCCUCCUCCACCCCCUCCUCCAGUUCGUGGAGCCCCGGUGGCGGGGGCUACGGAGGCUGGGGGGGGGGCUCUCAGGGACGCGACUACCGCCAGAGGAUCGCCGGGGGGAUGAUGCCCCUCAACUCCAUCUCCCCGCUGAAGAAGUCCUUCCCCAACAACCAGACUCCCUCGCAGAAGUUCAACCGCAACAGCUCCGGCUUCAACCCCAAGCCCUGGCUGGAGGACAACAUGAACAGGAACGACAGCAUCUUUCCCUUUCAGCAGGAGCGUAGCCGAUCCUUUGAUGGUUUCAGCCUGCACUCCCUAGAGAACUCCCUGAUUGACAUUAUGAGGGCUGAACAGGAUUCCUUGAAAGGUCGGUUUGGGUUCCCCCACCCAGGAGAUGGGUCUUUGCCAGUCAACGCAAGGAAUUAUGGGCGACGACGAGGUCACUCGUCCUUGUUCCCUAUGGAGGAUGAGCGAGGUGGCUUCGGGGAGGAUGAUCGCGGUGGUGAUGGCGUCGGAGGCCUGGGCUCCCCUCAUGGAUUCCCCCACCAGAAUGGCGAGCGCAUCGAACGCUACUCCCGCAAGGUGUUCGUAGGGGGCCUCCCACCCGACAUUGAUGAAGAUGAGAUCACCGCCAGCUUCCGCCGUUUCGGACACCUUUUUGUGGACUGGCCACACAAAGCAGAGAGCAAGUCUUACUUCCCUCCUAAAGGCUACGCAUUCCUUCUGUUCCAAGAGGAGAGCUCUGUGCAGGCCUUGAUUGACGCGUGUAUCGAGGAAGAGGGCAAACUCUACCUGUGUGUGUCCAGCCCCACCAUCAAAGAUAAGCCGGUACAAAUCCGGCCCUGGAAUCUGAAUGACAGUGAUUUUGUGAUGGAUGGUUCUCAGCCACUGGACCCUAGGAAAACUAUCUUUGUGGGAGGUGUUCCUCGUCCUUUGCGUGCAGUUGAGCUGGCGAUGAUCAUGGACCGGCUGUACGGUGGCGUGUGCUAUGCUGGUAUCGACACCGACCCGGAGUUGAAGUACCCGAAAGGGGCGGGGCGUGUGGCCUUCUCCAAUCAGCAGAGCUACAUCGCCGCCAUUAGCGCACGCUUCGUCCAACUGCAGCAUGGAGAGAUCGAUAAACGGGUGGAAGUGAAGCCAUACGUGCUGGACGACCAGCUGUGUGACGAGUGUCAGGGCACGCGCUGCGGCGGCAAGUUCGCGCCGUUCUUCUGCGCCAACGUCACCUGCCUCCAGUACUACUGUGAAUACUGCUGGGCCGCCAUCCACUCGCGCGCCGGCCGAGAGUUCCACAAGCCCCUGGUCAAGGAGGGCGGAGAUCGGCCCCGCCACAUCUCCUUCCGUUGGAACUAAACCACCGCUAGGAACAUGGGAGAGGAGCGGAGAGGAGAGUAGGGGUGGGAAUUGGGAUGGGGGUCAAGGGUCGAGGAUCAGGGGCCGGGACUGAUGGGUUGCCAUGUUAACUCGCAUACAUGCACUUUUCCUUUUUGCUGGUUCCUUUUUUAUUUUAAUUUAAAGAAAACAAAAUGAAGUUCUUUUUUUUGUUUAGAUUUUUUUAAAAGAAAAGAAAUACUCUAAGAUUUUAUUUUAUUUUAAGUUUUUAUUGUUAUUAUUUUUCUCCUGAGAUGUAAAAAAAGAGUGGAAAGCGUAAAAAAAAAGAAAUAGCGUAAUCCUGUUGAUAAUUUAAGUUGGUUGCGCAUGAAAACUUGAAUGCAUUAGAUUUAUAUAUAUAAAAAAGUAGAUGUUUCGCCUGACUCUCCUGUAGUGGACUUUUGUCUUUCUCCUGCCUCAGUUGCUGAAGCAUUAACAAAUUAUUUUGCGGACGCUCUUAUUCAGAAUAUUGAGUGGUUGACUACAUAACACGUGGCAAGGAGAGACAUUAAUGAUCGGUGCACUUAACUUCUUUACCUUAGUGUUAAGGUGUUGGAUCGAUUUCCACAGAGAUUAAGCUUAAUUCAUAGCUUCCAUGAAAAAGGUGACGAAGACACUCAUACAGCUAUGCUCACACACAGAUCCUCAUUCACUUCCUCUGUUUCUCACAUGAUUUCACAGAAAAUCCCCCUGGCUUGUUUUUUUUUCUCCCCUCCAUUUUAUAUUUAACGCACACUCACGUUUCAAAGGGUUUCCAUCCAAAGCUGAUGUGGCGGGUCCUCGCUUGUUUUAGUCACUUAGGCUUUGGUUCACAUGGAAGGGCUGUCUUUACUGCAGGUGGUUGUGGCACAGGCUGUGCAAGUCUCUCAGACCUCUGGCGUUUCCCUACGAGCAUUGCUACUGUACAGGAGUACAACUGGACUACAUUGUGCUGUGCAGACGUGUGCCGGGAUAGUGGGAGUUUGCCCAGAAAUCCCCCCCCCCCUCCCCCUCCACUCACACACGCGCGCACACACACAUACACACACACACACACACAUACAGGCUCUGUGCAAUCCUAUGUCUAACUACACUGAUCAAUGCAUAUUGUGAGCCAUUAAUGCUAAUGUUAGCUUGGAUAUGCCCCAAUAACUACUGUGUGCGGAGCUCACUGUUGAAUCACAAAUCAGGAAUCUAAUGAAGAAAUUUUUCUCAUCAGAAACUUCAACCAAAGAUAGGUUGCAGCUGUGUAAGAGAUGCCUUCGUCCUGGGAGAAUUCUUUAAAAAAAAAAAGAGAAAAACUCUAGUAAAUGAAAUUAACUCAAAUCAAGGUGGUCACUCUUUGGAGUUGAGAGGGGUACACCAAAGAUAGGCCUUGAGGUGAUUGAAGGCAGUCAACAAAAGCAUAUGGCAUCAUGUUGAACAGAACAGAACAGAAAAGCUUGGCAUUGAGAAAGAUAAUUAUUGGUAUUAAGGGUAGGUUGUGCUUUACCCUGCUGACUUGGAUGAUUGUCGGGGGAAUAAGGUCAGAAGAUAACUUAAUUGUGAGGUACUAAUGAUAAAACUACCCUUGUGUUGUCUUGACGUUCCUUUGCACGGUCUUUUGCAAUGAGCUUGUCGGUGUUCUGGUUGAACGUUGUAGCUGAACACAUUUUUGAAGAAUAUGCUGUCACAGAGUAAACAAAUAUUAUUUUCUACAUGGCCUGCUGAUUUUUGUACAGUGUUUUAUAGCCAAUUAUUUUGUCAUGAACAUAUACAUAUAAAUUAUGCACUACUUUUCUAAGUAUUGUUUUUCAACAGUCAUUUAGGCACAUUUUUUUCACAAAUGGGAAGAAAAUUACUCCUUUUGCAAUACCUCAUUUUUUCACUUGUUGGAAAUAGAUUUUGUACCUUUGUUACUAAGCGACCUGGAUAAAUGGUAAACAUAAUUUAAGGAAAACUGAUAAAUGAUUGAUAUAAUUUUCAGUUUAGCUUUUUCUAUAUUUAAGUGCUGAAACUCUUAAAUUGUCACGUGCAUCUGAGUGACUCCCAUCUCUGUUGUAGAUGAAUUUGUGACUGCGAUAUCCGCACAGUUGUUCUGAAAGUAUUGGGCUAUGGCAUGUCAAAGACUUAAUUUAAUAAGCAUAUGGUGACUUUUAGUAAUAUCUUUUCAGCACAUGGCUAUUCUUACUAUUUGAAAUGAUUAUGCCUCCCACGUAACUUCUUUUUAUUUCUAUCAAGGUCCAAUGCCAAUUUGAGUAAUGUUAGGAUGCACCUUGUAUCACUAUGAAUGUUAUGUGUAAGAAAAUAUUACUAUUUCAUAUAAAAAUAUAUUCCUGGACACCAACUAGGUUACUUAAUUCUUAGUAUGCAUGACUACAAUUAAUUAAGAUAAAGUUCAUAAGUUCUCAACAUGAUGGAAUUGCCGUUAACCUUUUCAAUUUCUGUUUGCCUCUUUAUUUAAUGUCUGCCCUCCCCAUGCACAGACGUUGCUGUGCUUUGACACCAAUAACUCGUUUUUGCAUUUUUGUCCUAAGUCCUAAACUCAUAGGACCCCCCCAGAGUCACAAUAAAGAAUCUUUCCCAUCAAUAGGGGACUUUAAAGACUUGAAUGUGAUAAAUGUUGCAAGUUAACUUCAGGUUAUGUGCAAUACAACCCUCCCCUUCCGGAAACAACAAUCUUUUCAAUGGAAGAAUUUAUUGACAUUUUUAUUGAUAGACGUUUAAAAACGGUAACAUAUUUGUCAUUUUCUAUUGUCCUUACAUGGGUUUUUCAUGCUGGUAUUUGUAAAGUAAAAAAGAAAAUCUAAUAUAAAUAAUGAAAGUUAUUUUUACAUUUGUUUUGUGCUUAUUCACUUAUUUUCCUACUUAAUUUCAUGCUACUGUGAUUUAAAACAUGUAAAUAUUAGGUCAAUAAUGUAUCAGACAUGUAUUGGUAUAUUUUUAAUUGGAAUGUAAAACUUUUAUCAUUUUGAUCAGAUUUUUGUUAUAUUUCUAAGGUGAAGUGUUUAACUUGUUAAGAGUGACUAGUUUUUAUUAAUCACCAUAUUGUGCUCUGCAUUUUCAGAAGGAAAAGAAAACUAUUGAAAUAUGUGUUAAUGUUACUUAAUGGCAAAAUAGUUUAUAACUGUGUAUGGGAAGGUUGUAUUUAUUACUAGAUUUUUUUACUUAUGAUAUGAUUUGAUUUUUCCCCUUUUGUUAAGUCAUUUCUAAGUUCUGGUUUUAUAUUUUCUUCCUAAUUAAACUAUCUAGAAAAAAAAAUCAAUUCAAUUUUCUAGUUGGUCAAUUCAUGUGCUACUGUAGUAAAAACUAAUGUCUUAUUUGCAGCCAACUAUUUAUAACAGUAUGCAUAAUUUUAAAGUAUUUGUAAUGUGAAAUGUUGAAUGAAUAAAACUCAACUGCUAGACAUA